AUGACCUCGUCGUCCUCGUCCUCGCCGUCGCUGUCUCGCUCCGAGACCCUGAGCCUCCUUGCGCUCGCCGCCGCCUGCGUCGCCAUCCUCGCCAACGCCUUCCAGGGCGAUGACAAGCCGCUCAUCGUGUCGCUCGCCCUGAGCGGCCUGGCCUUCUGCGCUUCGUUUGCGCUGAUCCGCUGGCUCGGCCCGACCUUCAUCAAGGCCGGCUUCAAGGGCGUCGACCUGAGCAAGCACCACCGCAGGGAGAUCCCCGAAUGCAUGGGCGCCGUCUGCGCCGCCGUCUACCUGUUCGCCAUCAUUGUGUUCAUCCCCUUCGUCUUCUACAAAGAUGUUGUCGCGGCGACUAGCGGCGGCGGGAACCGCGACGUGGUGCUGCAGGUCGAGCAUGUGCAGCAGGGCCGGUUCCUGCACCGGUUUCCGCACAGCAAGCUCUCGUCGUACCUCUCGGCCAUCGUCUCGCUGCAAACGAUCGCGUCCCUCGGGCUGGCCGACGACCUCUUCGACAUCCGCUGGCGGCACAAGUUCUUCAUCCCGGCGUUCGCCGCGAUCCCGCUCCUUGUCGUGUACCGCGUCGACUUCGGCGUCACGUCGAUCGUGGUGCCACUGCAGCUGCAGCCGUACCUCGGCCAGCUCGUCGACCUCGGCGCGCUCUACUACGUCUACAUGGCCGGCGUGGCCAUCUUCAGCCCCAACAGCAUCAACAUCCUGGCGGGCAUCAACGGCAUCGAGGUGGCGCAGUCGGUCGUCAUCGCGCUGCUGCUGGCCCUCAACGACGGCCUGUACCUGCUGACGCCGUACCCGCACCCGGCGACCGACUCGCACCUGUUCUCGCUCUCGUUCCUGCUGCCGUUCCUGGGCGUGUCGCUGGCGCUGCUGUGGCACAACUGGUACCCGGCGCGCGUCUUCGUCGGCGACACGUACUGCUACUUCGCCGGCAUGGUCUUCGUCGUCGUCAGCAUCCUCGGCCACUUCAGCAAGACGCUCGUGCUGCUGCUCGUGCCGCAGAUCUUCAACUUUGUCUACUCGACGCCGCAGCUCUUCGGGCUCGUCCCCUGCCCGCGCCACCGCCUGCCGCGCUUCAACGCCCGGACGGGCCUGCUGGAGCCGAGCGUCACGCCGUGGACCCCCGACCGGCAGCCGCGGCCGCCGAUCGCGUGGGCGCUGAAGCUGCUGGGGCGGCUGCGGCUGCUGCGCGUCACGCUGGACGGCGAGGGCCGGUUCGUCGAGACGAGCAACUUCACCAUCCUGAACCUCUGGCUGGUCUGGAGGGGCCCGCUGCGCGAAGACCGGCUGGCGCUGGAGAUCACGGCGAUGCAGACGGUGGUCGGCCUGUUUGGGCUGUUUGUGCGGCAUCGACUGGCGUUGCUGGUGUUCAAGGAGGACAAUUGGAGCGUGCCGAGCUAG